AUGUCGAAACCAAUUUCGUUUGGCUUCGGCAAGCCUAAGUCAUCUUCAUCCGCUCAGGCUUCAUCUACACCCUCGCGCAAGCCGGCAGCCUCCAAAGGACCUUCCCGAACAGCGCUUCAUCAUGAAUCAGACAAUGAAGAUGAGGAAGAGCCUAGGCACGAGUCAGUCACUGGCUUCUCGGCAAGUGGUGCUAUUCUAAGUCAACCUGCGCAGGAACCGUUUGAAUUAGUCAUAAAGAACGCUGGGAACAGCGACUGGCGACGACGCGGUCGCAAGAACCUACUCCCGACCGAAGUCCAAGCCCAACAAAAUGGGGGCGAUGUUGUCAUCGUGGAAAGAGACGAGGUCAGCAACACCAGCGGUCUGCAGCUUGCGGACAAGAUGGAUCCUGAAAGAUAUGUGAAUGCUGGGCGGCAGGGCACGCCUCAACCGCACAGAAUAGAACCCCCUCCGAAAGAGUUGACAGCGGAUGAAGAGGCGUUACACGCCCUGUUGGAUGACGGCUCUGGUAAACCGAAGUCAAACGCUAUCAUUUCUCAGAGGGGCAACAUACAACUUUCAUCACGAGAUGAAGUUGAAGAUUUCAAAGAUGAUGUGGCUGCAAGGCCGGACCCGAGCACCCUCGAAGAGUACGCUGCGAUGCCAGUGGAAGAAUUUGGUCUAGCCAUGCUGAGAGGGAUGGGUCAGAAGCGACGUGCCAACGGCGAAGUUAUCAACUUGAGUGCCAAACCCGAGGACAAUUCUCGAAAGCUCCGGAAGCAGGAAGGAUUCCUAGGGAUUGGGGCGAAACCCGCUCCCGGUACCGACAUCGAGUUAGGCGCGUGGGGAAGGGCAGAUAUGCGCAAGAACGCAAAGGGCCAGGGAUUCUUCACGCCGCUGAUGCGCGAAAACAAAACCACAGGAGAGCGAAUCUCAGAAGAAGAAUUUCAAAAAAGGAUUGUUGAGUCCAAAGGAGCGAAGGAAAAAGAAGAUUGGAGAAAGCGAAGGGACCGCAACCUAGAGAACAGUGGUCGAGAUCUAGAAAGAGAUCGAGACUCUCCGAGGAGUGCUGGCGACGACUACCGUGAUCAAAUGAACUCCUUUUCUCGGUCUAGCUCAUCAAAACGAGAGCGAGAUGAUCGAGAAUCCUCUCGCUCGAAGAGAGACAAAGACGACUAUGACUAUGAGAGCUCGAGGUCAAGAAGGGAGGAUGAGAGGUCAAAAGAUAGAAAAAGGGACGAUUAUGACGGCCGCCACCAAGAUAAGCAUCGAGAUCGAUACCGAAACGGGGACAGUUACGAUUCAGGCUCAUCCCAUCGCCGUAACAGAGAGCGGGACAGAGAGAGGGACCGUGACGGCGACCAGCGCCAGCGAGAUAAAAGAUGA